AUGAUGGAUAUAUCAAUGCUAACAGCAAUUCUUCUAAUCAUUUCUCAAGUUUUAUUAUGUUCGAAGAAAAAGAAAAAUGGAAAACCUGGGGUCAGUACAAAAUCGAAGAAAGGUGGACCUCCACCACCGCCACCACCGCCGCCAGGCACAAAAUCUACAACAAAAUCACAAUCUCCUGCAGUUGGAACAUCGACUGGAACACCUGAAGCACCAAAAAAAGAUGAAGAGAAAAAGAAGGAAGAAGUGGAAAAAUCAAAGAAAGUUGAAGAUAAAAAAGAUGAGAAAUCGAAGAAAGAGGAAAAAGAUGAAGAUAAAAAAGAGGAUGAAAAGAAGGAAGAAGAAAAAAAGGAAGAAGAAGAAGAAAAGAAAGAAGAGAAAAAAGAAGAAAUUAAAAAAGAGGAAGACAAAAGACCUGAUCCAAAUGAGAAGAAAGCUCAUAUUCAAGUUCAAGAUAAAAUGGAGUUCAAAGCAAAAGAAACUGAACAGAAAAAACUUGUGAUCAAAAGUACGCAUGAUAAGAAAAUUAUGUUCAAGAUAAAGUCAUCGAACAAUAAUGAUUAUCUGUAAGUUUUCACUACUUUUGAGAAUUUAUUCAAAAAUAUACGUUUUUUCCAGCAUCAAUCCUGUAUUUGGAACAUUGGAACCAAAUGCGUCAGUUGAUAUUGCUGUAACUCACAAAGCAUCGACUGCAAAAGAAGACAAAUUGGUAAUUAUGAAUUCGGUGUUUAGUGGAAAUGAAAAGGAUCUUGAAAAGACAUUCAAGAUUUCGAAAAUGACUGGAGCAUGCCAGAAUGUGAAAUUAAUCUCGAAAUGA